GCAUGCGCUAAUAAUAUCAACAUAAAGAAAAAUGGCGACAAGGGCUCAGUGAAGAUAACUUGUAGGCUAGAUCACAGACGUAAGAUCUAAUGGCAACCCAAAAACCUGGAGAGUGGGUCCAGUCAUUAAUUCAACGAUUCGAUGCCCAGUUGCCGAUCAAGACUGGACUCCACACCACUCAAUCUAUACAGAAUGUGGAACAGAACAAGGAAUGUUUGAUUAGUGUGUCCAAGCACAAGUUCCCUCUGGUUAUUAAUGGGUUGACUAAAAUCCUGCAGAAUGUGUCCAGCAUGCGUAUCCACCCUGAGGCUGAGAGAAAUUACUAUGAAUCACAGCUCAUCAUUUUGGACUCCCUAGAACAAGUGCUGAAUUCUCAACCAAAAGACACCUCACGCCUCGAUGAAGCAAUUUAUGUCAAACUUCUAUUGCCGGAAAUAUGUAAGUUCCUGAACCAGCCCACAGAUAACCCUAAUCCAUUAGUGCUGCAGCUUAAGAACCUGGCCUCCAAAGUUCUGUUUGCUCUCAGCCAAAAUAAUUUCACAGCUGUCUUCAAUAGAAUUUCUGCAAAGUUAUCAAACCUUCCUCCCAGUGCAGAUGUUGACCAAUCAGAUCUCUCAGAUCUAGAGCUCAUUCAGCAUAUCAAUGUAGAUAUCCACAGACUUAUCAAGCUCCUGAAUGAGGUUGUGUGUAAAUUUAAGCCCAUUAAGUCCAAACAGGUGUUUCUGACAUUGGCCAACAACCUAGAAAAGGCAAUAUGGAACUGGAUGGAUAAUUACCCAGAGGAAUUCACAGACUUGCAGAAACGACCAAAUGAAGAACUACAAGAGUGUUCAGAUAAACUGUUCGAGCAUUUUAACUCCAGUUGUAUGGAGAGGAAGAGGGCAGCUGCAGUCUGGCCCCUCCAGAUGAUGCUACUAGUCAUGUGUCCAAAAAUUUUGGAAGAAAUUAGCAAUGCUGAUGCAGGUGCCCCUUGCUCCCAACAAAUUAUGAAAAAGAAAAUGUUUAUUGAUGAGGUGAAGAAAGCUAUUGCCUCCCACCAUGGAGUGUCGAAGCAGAUGAUAGAGGGUGCUGCUAUAACCUGUGUCAGGCUGUGUAAAGCCUCCACCUACAUUAGUAUCAAUGACCGACUCAACGUUCUCUUUUCAUUUGUACAGUCCAUCAUAAAUGAUUUAAAGAAUCUUCUGUUCACACCCCCACCAACCAAAACUUUCUCCCGUGGACAGGGCAUUGUGGGACAGGAUUUGGACUUGUACAUCGAUUGCUUUGUGUCCUGCUUCAGAAUUACGCCUCAUAAUAACGAUGUCCUGAAAAUCUGUCUAAACCCUCACUCACCCCCCAUUUAUCACUUUGUGCUAGUCAAUGCCCUGCACCGGAUUAUAACACAGCAACGGCUUGCAUGGUGGCCCAGUAUAAACAUUAUCUAUGGGAAGGCUGCUGAGCUUAGGAGCAUGUUCACCGACACCCUGAAUAAAGUAACCCAGGGUAUGGCCACCAACCCUACUCCCAAGGUCAUCGGGAGCAGUAUUCCCUAUGUCAGUAUAGCAAACUUUACAAAGAUGACAUUAUACAAAUUGAGCAAGGCGACCGAUGAGAACAUGACAACCUAUCGCUACCUUCUUCUGUGGAUUGUCAGACUGAUUCAUGCUGAUCCCUAUCUCAUGCUGCAUAAUCAAGGUAAACCAGGUCAUGAAAUCCAGAGUAGCACCUUGGAGUUGAUGAAUGGACUGGUCUCUCUCGUUCAUCAGCAGUGCAUGCCUGAUGUAGCUCAAGAGGCUAUGGAAGCCUUGCUUUGUUUACAUCAACCUCAGAAUAUUGAGUUGUGGAAUCCUGAAUCUCCUAUUAACACAUUCUGGGAUGUUAGUUCCCAAGUAUUAUUCUCAAUCUCCCAGAAGUUGAUUCAGAGACAACUGGUCAAUUAUACGGAGAUUCUGAAGUGGCUGAGAGACAUCUUGGUGUGUAGGAAUACGUUCUUACAGAAACACAGUGCAAAUGCCAACCUAGGCAACAACAAAACCAUAUGUAUACACAUCAAAUUAGAGGUUGUGUUUUUUAUGUACCUGUGGAGCAUUGAUAUUGAUGCUGUCCUGACCGGCAUGUCCUGUUUUCAUCUUCUAUGUGAGGAGGCAGACAUCAGAUGUGGCUCGGAUGAGAUGGCCGUGACCCAAAUUCUUCCCAACUAUAAUGUUUAUGCGGAUAUUGCUCAGGCCAGCACUGUGUUAACAACAGGGAGAGCUGCAUUACAGAAACGUAUCAUGGCAUUGUUGAGAAAAAUUGACCAAUACACAUCAGGAAACUCUCAGGCCUGGGAUGACACAUUCCGGAAUUGGGAAGUUAUAACACAAUACCUGGAAAACUAUCCCAAGGAUGCUAAAGUAAAAGCGGACUCUGAAAUUCCAACAGGGCUUGGAGACACCAUCAGGAAGAGAAAACCGCCGCAUCACGCCAAUACAGAGCAUGAACUGGAGGAUCAGUUGAAUGAGUGGGCCAAUAUGACAGGAUUUCUGUGUGCAUUAGGGGGAGUAAGGCUACAGAACAGACCACAUAGAAUCAGUGGCGGGCCAUCUAUAGCCUCGGGGCUAGAUUCCCGUAAAAGCAGUCUGAUGCAGAGUUAUGAUACCCAGUAUUGUCCAGUCACACAGUUUAUCAGUAACAUGCUGAAGUUGUUAGUAUGUCAGAAUGAGAAGUUUGGAGCACAGAUUCAGAAGCAUGUGAAGGAGUUGGUCGGGCAUGAGUUGAAUCCAGCUCUUUACCCCAUUCUGUUUGAUCAAAUCAAAGUUUGUGUAGACAAGUUCUUUGAUCCAUCUGGCCAGGUAAUUGUGACAGACUUGAAUACUCAGUUCAUAGAGAAUGUGAUCUUCAUUAUGAAGAAUAUUCUGGAAAUGAAGACGGACCAGCCCUGUGAGCAUUUAGGGGUCACCAGCAUUGAGUCUCUGAUGUUGGCAGUUGUCAGAUACGUGAGGCAUCUAGAUUCUACAGUUCAUGCCAUUCAGAUCAAAAUCAAACUCUGUCAGUUGGUAGAGGCCAUGAUGCUUUGUCGUGACGACCUGACAUUCCGACAAGAAAUGAAGUUCCGCAACAAACUAGUGGAGUAUUUAACAGAUUGGAUCAUGGGAAAUUCGCAUCAAGUCAACAUUGGUGAUAUCUGUAGUAUGUCCAGGAAACCUUUGCCUAGAACUGGGCUUCAGCGAUAUAUACACAAUCCGAGUGGGCCGGGCUUCUGUGCCAAGGGGCCAUCACACGUGCCCAGUCCCACACCGUUAUUUCUGCACUCCCAAACCACGGUAGACUUGGAUCAAGCCAGUAUGCAAGGGGUGGCAGCCUUGUUAGCGGGUCUGCCCCUGCAACCAGAAGAGAGUGACCGUGGAGACUUAAUGGAGGCCAAAUCCCAACUCUUCCUCAAAUAUCUGACUUUAUUUAUGAACCUGCUGAAUGACUGCUCAGAAGAGGAACAAGACACAGCCAUGGAUCCCAACAGGAAAAGGAGUACAUCUAACUUAUCAGCUCUUAGAAACUGCACUGUACAAGCCAUGUCCAAUCUCCUGAAUGCUAACAUUGACAGUGGGCUGAUGCACUCAAUAGCAUUGGGAUACCACAAAGACCCCCAGACCAGAGCAGCGUUCAUGGAGGUCCUGACCAAGAUCCUACAGCAGGGUACGGAGUUUGAGACCUUGGCAGAAACUGCCCUGGCUGACAGGUUUGAGAGACUGGUGGAGCUGGUGACCAUGAUUGGAGACAAAGGGGAGCUUCCCAUAGCCAUGGCUCUGGCUACAGUAGUACCUACACAACAGAUGGACGAGCUAGCCCGAGUGUUUGUCAAUCUGUUUGAUGCCAAGCAUUUACUAUACCAGCUCCUCUGGAAUAUGUUCUCGAAGGAGGUAUGUAUACAUGUGGAGAUAGCAGACUGCAUGCAGACCUUGUUCCGAGGCAACUCCUUGGCCAGCAAAAUUAUGGCAUACUGCUUCCGAUUUUACGGUCAGAACUAUUUGCGUGAGUUACUGAACCCCCACAUAAUGGAAAUGGCUCAGCUGGAGAGACAGCAGAAGGUGUCGUUUGAAAUCGACCCGGCAAGGUUGGAUCCAGGCGAAAGCAUCGAGGAAAACAAGAAGAAUCUGAUGAUAAUAACCCAGAAAGUGUUUGAUUCUAUUGUAGGAUCUGCGCCACAGUUUCCCUCUAAGCUGCGAAGCAUGUGUCACUGCCUGUACCAAGUAGUGACACAGAGAUUUCAGCAGAGCUCGGCUGAAGCUGUCUGGACUGUCAUUGGCACGGUCAUUUUCUUGCGCUUCAUCAACCCAGCGAUAGUGUCUCCAUUUGAGUCGGGAAUUAUUGAUGAAGAGCCCACGCUGAAGGUUAAGCGAGGGCUGACUCUGAUGUGUAAGAUCAUGCAAAACAUAGCCAACCAUCUGCAGUUCACCAAAGAAAACCACAUGAGGACUUUUAAUGAGUUCCUUAAAACCAAUUUUGAGGCUGGAAGACGGUUUUUCACUGAGAUAGCUUCUGAUGGGGACAUUCCAGACACUGGUAACCACAGUCUGUCCUUCAUCAAUGAUGCCAAUGUUCUGGCUUUACACCGCCUGUUGUGGAACAAUCAAGAGAAAAUAGGCGAUUACCUGUCAAGUAGCAGAGACCACAAAGCAGUUGGCAGGAGACCAUUUGACAAGAUGGCAACAUUGUUGGCAUAUUUGGGACCACCAGAACACAGACCACUGGACUCGCACGUUGGGAUAUUUGCCACUAGAUGGUCCAGUAUGGAUAUGACCAGCACCAAGUUUGAGGAAAUCAUGUCCAAACACAACAUGCAUGAGAAGGACGAGUUCAAGUCGCUGAAGAAUUUGCUUAUAUUCUAUCAAGCUGGCACCAGCAUCGCAGGAAAUCCCGUGUUUUAUUACAUAGCCAGGCGCUACAAGGUUGGAGAGAUCAAUGGAGACCUCCUAAUCUACCAUGUGCUGUUAACGUUGAAACCAUUCUACAACAAACCAUUUGAGUUAGUGAUAGAUUUCACACAUACCUGUGCAGAAAAUAGAUUUAGGACGGAUUUCCUGUCUAAGUGGUUCGUGGUGAUGCCCGAGGUGGUGUACCAGAACAUCACUGCCUCCUACAUCUACAACUGUAACUCCUGGGUCCGGGAAUACACCAAGUACCACGAUCGCAUCCUUAACCCGCUCAAGGGAAAUAGGAAACUGAUAUUCAUUGAUCACCCAGCUAGACUCAAUGAGUAUAUUGAGCCUGAUCAACAGAAAUUACCAGGGUCCACAGUAGCGCUAGAGGAGGAUCUUAAGAUAUCCAACAAUGCCCUGAAACUGUCUCAUAAGGACACAAAGGUCACAAUUAAAGUGGGCCCCAAUGCCAUUCAGAUCACGUCUGCUGAGAAGCUGAGAGUGUUGGGACACCAAGUGCUACUUAAUGACAUUUACUAUGCAUCAGAAAUUGAAGAGGUUUGUUUAGUCGAUGAUAAUCAGUUUACCUUAACGAUAUCCAAUGAGAGUGGACCCCUUUCUUUUAUUCAUAAUGACUGUGAUAAUAUUGUCCAUGACAUUAUUCAUAUACGGACCAGAUGGGAACUGUCGCAGCCGGAAUCUGUGACAGUCCACACCAAAAUUCGACCAAAGGACGUGCCUGGCACCCUGCUCAAUGUUGCUCUGCUGAACCUAGGAAGCUCAGACCCAAGCCUGAGAUCUGCUGCCUAUAACUUGCUCUGUGCACUCACUCAAACCUUUGACUUGAAAAUUGAGGGCCAAUUAUUAGAAACCACAGGUUUAUGUAUUCCUGCUAAUAACACCAUCUUCAUCAAGCUCAUCAGUGAAACCCUUGCUUUGAAUGAACCUCAUCUUACACUGGAAUUCCUGGAGGAGUGUAUCCAGGGAUUUGGAAACUCCAACAUUGAGAUGAAACACCUGUGUCUGGAGUACAUUACUCCAUGGUUACCAAAUCUCACCAGAUUUUGUAAACAUUCAGAUGAAAACAAAAGACAGAAGGUGGCUCUGAUCCUUGACAAAUUAAUCACCAUGACAAUAGAGGAAGUGGAGAUGUAUCCCUCCAUCCAAGCAAAGAUUUGGGGAAAUAUAGGAAAAGUUGCAGAUCUCUUAGAUAUGGUGCUAGAUAGCUUUAUAAAGAGAAGUGUUACAGGAGGUCUGGGCUCCAUACAGGCUGAAAUCAUGGCUGAUACGGCAGUAGCUUUGACGUCUGCUAAUGUACAGCUAGUGUCCAGAAAGGUCAUUGGUCGAUUGUGCAGGCUGAUAGACAAGACCUGCACCUCCCCAACGCCUACACUUGAACAGCACCUGAUGUGGGAUGACAUUGCCAUUCUCGCCAGAUACCUUCUCAUGUUGUCUUUCAAUAACUCCCUAGAUGUUGCUAGUCAUUUGCCAUUCCUGUUUCACAUUGUGACACUACUGGUGUGUACUGGGCCUCUGUCUCUUCGAGCCUCCACCCAUGGGCUUGUCAUCAACAUAAUCCACUCCCUGUGUACCUGUUCACAGCUUAGCUCCAUCAAUGAGACCACCAUGAAGAUUCUGAAGAUGAGUUUGGCUGAGUUCUCUUUGCCAAAGUUCUACCAGCUGUUUGGGAUCAGCAAGGUGAAGUCGGCUGCUGUGAGUGCGUUCAGAACCAGCUUCCGGCCUGGGGAUCGAUCCUUCACCAUGUCCCCACCAGAACAUGAAAAGAUGUCCCUGUCCUCCUUAGAAACCAUUGUAGAUGCUCUUUUGGAGAUCAUGGAGGCAUCAAUGAAAGACAUUCCAAGUUGUGAUUGGCUCCAGCAAUGGACAGAUUUGGCUAGAAGGUUUGCAUUCCAGUACAACCCUGCCUUACAGCCCCGGGCUAUCAUCGUGUUUGGCUGUAUCAGUAAAACUGUAACAGAUUCAGAAAUCAAGCAACUUCUCAAAAUUAUGAUGAAGGCUUUGGAGUCUUUUAAUGAUCUGACAUUGAUAGAGGCCAUUGUUAUGUGUCUGACAAGAUUACAGCCACUACUAAGAUCGGACUCUUCCAUCCAUCGCUUCCUGUUCUGGGUGGCUAUUUCUGUCCUACAGUUGGACGAGCAAUCUUUGUACGCUGCAGGUCUGGCUCUGCUGGAACAGAACCUCCAUACAGUGGACAAUAUGGGACUGUUUGAUAGAGAGCCUCUUGAGAAGAUAAUGAUGGAGACAAGGGAUCCUUUAGAGUGGCACUUCAAACAACUAGACCAUGCAAUGGGACUCAGCUUCAAGGCCAACUUUAACUUUGCUCUAGUGGGUCAUCUUCUGAAAGGAUUUAGACAUCCAGCACAGACGACAACCUCUAGAACAAUCCGAGUUCUGAACCAGCUGUUAUCCAUCACAGUUAAGCCUACCAACAGAGACAAGUUUGAAGUGACACCCCAGACUGUGCCGUACCUGGCAGCCUUGGUGUCAGUGUCAGAAGAAGUGAGAAGUCGCUGUCACUUGAAGCAUCGCACGUCUCAGUACAUGAUGAAGGAGUCGCCAUCUAGCGACAGCCUAAACACAGACAUGGCUACAGGGGCAUUUUCCUCUACAUCCACUGGUGGACCAGUUAUCUCUGUCCCCAGUCUGCCCUCGCAGGUGAUGGUCCCCCCAGACAUCCAGACACCUCCUUCAAUGACUCCUCCCCCGGUGGCUACACCUAUGACCAGGAGACAGAAAAGCUGGGAAGUUCUGGACGUGGGAUCUAUGAACGCUGCACGACUUCAGAAGGGGACAGUACAUGCCAACCAGACUCAGCAGCCAGGCAGUUCCAAGGUGUGGAAGAGCUUGGACGACCCAAACCCCCGGCCACCUUUCCACAACAGGAGCAACUCCAUGCCGACACCUGGGUCUAAGAAAGACGGAAGUAAAUCUGUGAUGUCUCAGUCCCGCAGUGGGAGGGUGUCUGUCUCCAAUGAAAACAAUGUGCUGCUGGAUCCAGAAGUGUUGACAGAUUAUCCCACCCAAGUCCUGGUGCUGACUGUGUUGGCCACUCUUGUAAGAAAUACUACAGAUGAAAAUGAAGCCAGAAUUCUGUAUGAAUAUUUAGCAGAGGCAUCUGUGGUCUUCCCCAAAGUGUUUCCAGUGAUACAUAGUCUUUUGGAUGCCAAAAUCAAUAAUGUCCUGUCACUGUGUCAUGACCAGGCCAUUCUGAAUGCUGUGCAGAGCAUCAUACAAAACAUGAUUGCUUGUGAGGACCCCUCCCAGCAACAACUGUCCUACUUACAGAGUAUUGGGUUCGGAGGCCUUUGGAGGUUUGCCGGAACGUUUAAGUCUGCGCAGAGCGAUACAGCCGAGCUGCUGGUGAACUGCCUGGAAGCCAUGAUGGUUGAGAACUGUCUCCCGGGUGAUGACCUUGACAUUCUGAAUCCAUAUCCCAGUUCCCUUGGGAUUUCCUCCAAUCUGAACCUAUCCAGCUCCAUGUCGAGCCUUAGUGUCAGCAGCAUGCACUCGCCAACAGAUAAGGACACAGCAGACAAAAACGGAAGCAUCGCCAACAGUAACCGCAUGCGCCAUGGCUCCGCCAACAACCUGCCCGGCAAGAACCGAACUGGAAGCUUCAAGAGGAAGGACAGCAAGAAGAAGGUGAUGGAGACGAUUGAGAAUUGAUGUUUCUCUCCGGGAGUGAAAUACUCAUUACACAAUAAACAACAAAUUUGUAUUAUCACUACUUUAUACAUACAAUACGGGGGGUAAAUUAAGUAUGAUUUGACAUAUCAUUUCCCUUUAUUUAUUGAUAUGAACAAAAAUUUACCUCCAUUUACCACUUUGAAGAAUUUCUUAUGCUACUGUAUAGGUAUUUAUUUGUUUGUACUUUUUUAGGCACCUCCCAAUACCAAAAUUUUGUAACAUUUAGUAGAGCUCAGUCUGUACAUUCCUAAAUUAUAUAACUUUGCUACUAAAAAUGAUAACAGAUUAUUUAAAUGAUAGUCUAGCAACAAUAGGAAUUACAUAGAGUAUAAAUGAACAUUCGGUUUAUUAUUGUUCUGAGCUUGCUUUGUGCUUUGUUUUGUUAGUAAUUGUUAGUCUCAUAAGUUAGUUGUCAGUACUGGUUUCAUCUAGGGACAUUAUGUUAAUUGUUAACUAAUCAGUAUGUUGUUAGAUGGCAUUUUUAUGAGUUUAAAGUUGGAGGGGUUUUGUAUGGAUGAUUCUAGCUGCAAGACUGUAGCUCUCUGGGACUUCAGACUCUCCGAGAGUUUCAGUUCAGCAGCUAGUAAGAUUCUAAAAAGAUUAUGUUAAACAUGAACACAACAUUCACAUACAGAUAUUUAGUGGAAUUUAUUUCCAACAGCAUAACUAAGGGUUUCGUGUAUAUGAACAUUUUAUUAUACAUAAAUCUAAAUUGUCAUUAAGGUAUGUGUAUAUACAAAUACGGUGACUGUAUCUGUUACAAUGGAGGCAUCAAGAUUUUAUAUUUAUAUUUGAUAAAACAUUUUUUAGGAAACAUUUGUUGGUUGAUCAGUUGAUUUUCAAACUUUUAAGAUGAACAAUGUUGACAGUGUAUUUAUUUAUAGAUAUUUUAUCUAGAACAUAAAAGAAUUGGACAAGAGGCACUAGGCCUAUAAACAUCCUCUCUGUAUGCAUGUCUGAUCUUAUCUCUAAAAGAACUUGAAGCUUUCCAAUAAACCAGCUUUCUGUGUAUCGGUAAUGGGGAAACAAUUAUUUACAUUAUGAAUUUCACAUUUUUUAUAGAAAUUCAACAAAAUUUGUAUAGAAAAGACAGAUUCAUUCUUUGUGUUGCUAUAAAGUAAUGUUGGUAUGUGAUUCAGAUCCCUGUAUUCUGGGAUUAAAUGUUGUAUAAAUUCUUUUGAACAAGUACACCAAGUUUCAAAUAAACAGGUACUUGUAAACUACAAAACAAAGCCAAUCAAAAUGAAACCAAAAUGGAAACCUAACAAAAAAAAAUAUGGUCAACUUAUAUCAUUUAACAUUUGGACAAAAGUAUGUUAGGUUUAAACUUUCAAUUGAUCGAAUGUAGAUUGGCCAGUUUUCAACUUGACAGACAAAAGUGAAAACUUUUAUGAAAAACAGCACUGAUGCCUCCAUAUGGCCAAAGCCAAGAUUAACAUGAGAUAAAAAAAAAUUUGGCAUACAAAGAAAGGUCUUGUAAUAAGGUAUACACAUGUGAAAUAUGAAUGUAAUGUAUGCAUUUUUGUCUAAAUUGUUAGGUUUUUUUCGUACGGUUUUGAUUUUGGUUUUUGUCUUGUUUCAAUUAGUUUCAUUUCGUGGUUUACAGGUACCGCAAAUAAACCCCAUUCAUAUUUUAUUUUCAUUUUAAUGUCUAUUUGUUUUUCUUGACUCUUGUUUAAAAAAAUUGUUUUUAGCUCACCCGAACUGAAAGCGCAAGUGACCUUUUUUGAUCUCCUUUUGUCCAUCAGUAAACUUUCAACCUUUUUGACUUCUUCUCCAGAACUACAGAGAUAAUUUCAACCAAACUUGUCACAAUGUAUGCUGAUUCAAGUUUGUUCAAAUGAAGUGCCACACCCUUUUUGAAGAGGAGAUGAUUAAGAAUUAGUGAAAAUUUUAUGGAUCUAUUCAAAACCAUCUCUAGAACCUCUGGGUCAAAUUCAAGCAAACAUCAUCCUUGGGUAAAGGGAAUUUGGGUUUGUUCAAAUGAAAAGCCAUGCUCCCUUCAAGAAAAGGCAAAAAUAAGGUGGGGUCAUUUAAAAAUCUUCUCAAGAACUACUGGGCCUAAAAAAUUGAAAUUUGCAUGAAAGCUUCCCGACAUAUAGUAAAUUCAAGUUAGUUCAAAUCAUGGUCCCAGGGGGUAUGGUGGAGCCACAAUAGGGGAUCAAAGUUUAACAUGGGGAAUUUAAAGGUCUUUGAAUUCACAAUAGCUAAUCAACAGCAGGGGUACGACAACUCGGGUGAGUGAUGUGGCCCAUUGGCCUCUUGUUUCAUCUAAUUUAUGAUCUCUUCUAUCAAUAUGUUGGUUAUGAAACUUAUUUUAUUCUACUAAAACCAUCUUGUGUUCAUCAUGUGCAAUAUGUCAGAAACGCAUGCAAAUUACAUCUUUAAGUGCAUGUCCUGCACGUUUCGCAUCUAUAAUUGCAUGUGUGCACAUUUUACAACACAUAUUUUUCCUUUCUGUCUUGUGUUCAACCUGUUUUUUUUACUUGCUUUGUAAGUUAUGUAUUGGUGUGUUCUUGAAGGGACUGGUUCACAUUUUUUGAAAAAAAUAUUUUUCAUUUUUAUGUAAAAAUUUAAAAUACAACUCGUUUAAUGUUCACAAUCAAAAUUUGGAUCUUCUGAAUGCAAGGAUAAAAGCAAUAUUUUAACCUUAAUUCUUGUGUUAUAUAAACAAAGACUCGAGUCUUAUUGUUUACUAACAAACCAGUGAAAUAUUAAUUUUGUAAUUUAAAGCAUCUUAAUUUUGUACAGUCACAAAUUUCACUUUUAAAUGACACAUUUUACCUAAAGUAUACUUUCAAUUAAUUGUGAAAUAUAUAAUAAACUUAGAUCGAUAUCCAUUUAUUUUGUAAACUUCGUAAACAAUAACACCCCUUAAUCUUUGUUUUCAGAACAAAUGAUAAAUUCUCUAUGAGAUUCUGUCAUGAUAUAUAACCUUAAUUUUUUUGUGAAACCUUUUACACAUUUUAGGCUGUAGAUUUUGAUCAUUUUAAGUGAAAAACAAAAUUUUGAGAAAAAUCAUGAAUCAGUCCCUUUAAAAACAUCUUCGUUUGGCCUCUCCUGACCAUAUUUCAAAAAUUAGGUAGAAAUGUAGGCAAUUUAUUUCUUAGGAAAAUACCCAUUGAAUUGUAUUGUUUUACCAAACGGUCCUAAAUAAUGUACAAGCUGUUUACUUGAAACCAGAAAACCGAUGCAGAUACUGCCAAUUUUGGUGUUUUAAAACUUGAGUUGGGAAGAUUCGUUUUAGUAGGUUGAAUGAGGGCAAACAAACGACUUUUAAAUGAAUUUUAAUCUCAUUAUAUUAAGUUGAUUUUCUCCAUUUUACUUAUAUGUACACAACAGGUAAUAAAUUUACACACAAUCCUAGUUGAUUAUUUUUUACUGUGUUCUUUUUAAUACGGGUGAACUCGUCGUGGAUAGAUAAAAUGCUCACAUUAAGUUCUUCUUCAUGCAAAUAAAAUUGCACAACAUAAAAUGGACAACAACUUGAAAAACAUUCACUCACAUAUUGUACAAAAGAAACCUAUAUUUUGGGGUCAAAAUCUUCGUUCUUUUAGUGGAUGCUAAUGUUUUUUUCCAGUCUACAUAUACUUUUAUGAAUGUAUAUGCACUCUUGUUCUGUAUGGAAAGGUAUAUGCUCUCUACAGUGUCUGGUUGUCCCUGUGUCCGCUUGUUGAACAUGAUAUCCGUUUUAGCUCAAUGCUGCAUUUAUAUCAAAAUUCUUGUAAGAAAAAUAUUUUAAUUAUCAGAAUUUGUGUUAUGUCAAGAGCUUUAUAUUUUUGUAUGGGACAUGAGAAGAUUUUUGGUUGUGGAACUGUAUAUUUUAUAAUUCGUGAUACAACUACAGCAGAUACAUUUAUAAUUUAUUAAAAUUUCUUAGUUGUUUAUUGUAGAUAGUACCUCGAGUUAAUGUAAACUAGUGGGAUUUAUGAACUACUGUAGAUGACGAGUUUCAGAUCAGGAAUUGAUUUUCAAAUUGUUGAAAAUGAUACAUGUUUUUUUAGGUUUGUAUUUCAGAAAAUGGAUAUGUGAUGACAAUUUUAUUUCUUAACUACCCUUCUUUUUUUUUAAACGAAUUUCUUUGUUUUUAAAGUAGAAUUGAAUUUAUUCAAGAAAGUAUAUGUAGAAAAUUUUGACAGCAUGAAAAGUUUACAAAGUAAAUUCUUUUCAAAAUACAUAUUUGUAUGAAAGAAAAAAUGUAGGAUGUGCACCAGUUAAUCAGAAAGUAUAAAUUGCACUAUUGAAAUUCUGGCUAACUUUAGAGAUCACUACUAACAGCAACUUUAAGUACGAGGUUGACUAGGUCACAGUCACUUUUCUAGUGACGGAACGGUUACGAAAUGGGUCCUUAAAGGCAAAGUAAGUUUAAGCAGCAAGUCUAUAGGUUGUGUUGGAUACAUGUAGCUGAUUUUACUGAACAAACUGCAAGCAUCCACUUCAUUUGUUAUAGCUCUUCGUUACAUAACAUCAAUUUUUUCCCCCCUAAAUUCUGCAAAUGACUUUCACCUACAAUGUACACUACUACUGAUAAACCUCAGGUAUUAAAAAUACUCGUCGAUACAACACAUUGGUUCUACUCGUCGAUACAACACAUUGGUUCUACUUUUGCAGCAAAAUUAAAAAUUUACUCUGUACAAUAUAGGCAGUUCCCCUAAGACUUGUGGUUGUUCAAGUGAUUGUGUUUUAAAUCAAAUAGUGAUGCUUGCAGUUUCAAAAUGUUUUGUACAAUUAUGCAAGUUCUUAAAAUGUUCACUAGCCAAAAUCAUGUACAAGGUACCAGUGAAUACAUACUUUAAGUUACUCCACUCAUUUAAGACUUCAGAUUAAUGUAUUUGAAUUUGAAUUUGUUCCAUAUAUUGACCUCAAGCAAGAUCAGUCUCAAUGUAGAGAAAUGACCUUGCUGCUAUACUGUGUGAUGUACAACGUAUUCUGAUGGGCGAAUUCAUGAAAACGAUAUUGUUUUAAUUUUACACCAAGUGUACCUUUAUGCUUGUAAAUCAUGUGAUUGGUUUGCAUUGUCUUGUUGCCAUAGUAUCAGAUAGGAUUAUUUUUUGUGAACAUUUUGAUUGUUGUUCAAUAUGUCCUGUUAAUUAUGUGAUGAAGUAAAUUUGUCAAUGAAGGCAAAAA